CUGACAUCAGCUGAUUUUUCACUCAUGGCCACGUUGGAAGAUACUGUUGCUUUGACAUACGUGUAAGCAGUGGCAUUUUGUCGGGGCGCAGUGUUUAUGUUCUUUUUUAUCAAUAAGGAUAUUAAUUAAAGGAGUUCCCAACUGCACCAAAAUGAAAGUAAAAGAAUUGGACAAAACCGUGAACCUAGCAUGGUCACCGGCCUAUCAGGUGCCCGUGAUGUUGGCUGCGGGGACCGCAGCUCAGCAACUGGAUGCGUCAUUCAGCACCUCUGCUGCCCUGGAGAUCUACGACAUAAACCUGAGUGAACCUGGCUUGGAUAUGGAGUUGAAAUCUAGUAUCCAAAGCCAGAACAGGUUCCAUAAGCUGGUGUGGGGAGCGACUGGUGCCGGAGGGAAUGGUGUUAUUGUGGGCGGCUGUGACAAUGGACGUCUCCAGAUGUACAAUGCCUCCCGAGUGUUGGCCGGGGACGACGGACUGCUCUGUGCUCCUGAAAGACACACCGGCCAUGUCAAAGCUGUGGAUUUCAACCCUUUCCAGACGAAUUUGCUAUCUACAGGAGCAUCAGAAAGCGAGAUAUUCAUUUGGGACUUAAACAACGUAAAGACUCCAAUGACGCCAGGAGCAAAGUCUCAGCCUGCUGAAGAAGUUGUUUGGUUGGCAUGGAAUAAGCAAGUUCAGCAUAUACUAGCUUCAGCCUUUUCAACCAGAUGUGUGGUGUGGGACUUAAGGAAAAAUGAACCAAUAAUCAAACUCAGCGACAGCAAUUCAAGGGUGCGAUGGAAAGUAGUGGCUUGGCACCCGGACGUCGCAACACAACUCUGCUUGGCCUCAGAAGAAGAUUCUAAUCCAGUUAUUCAGCUGUGGGACCUGCGUUUUGCGACAACACCUAUCAAGACCAUGGAGGGCCAUCACAAAGGCGUGCUGUCCAUAGCUUGGUGUGCUCAGGACCCUGAGUUGCUGGUCAGCUGUGGCAAGGACAGCCGCAUCCUGUUUUGGAACCCCAACUCAUCUCAGUCGGGAGGCGAGAUGGUGUGCGAGAUGGAAACCAGCAACCAGUGGAAUUUUGAGGUGAACUGGUGUCCUCGCAACCCGUCUCUGGUGGCCACCAGCAGCUUUGAUGGCCACGCCAGUGUCUUCUCCCUGGUCGGUGGGCAGCAGCAAAUGCAGACUAGCAAUAAGAUAGCUGACUCGUUUCCUGGCAUGGAGCAGUACGCAGAGGCUCCUGUAGUACAGCCGCCCCAACACGCUCCUCUCGCCGUGGAGCUGCGCAAGGCUCCCAAGUGGCUCAAACGACCAUCUGGAGCCUCUUUUGGUUUUGGUGGCAAGCUGGUGACGUUCUCCAGCGACAGUCAGGCCGUGAGUGUGUCACAGGUGGUGACAGAACCGAGUCUGGUGGAGCGCUCACAACGGCUACAGCAGCUGCUCGCCUCCGGUCAGCUGAGAGAGGUGUGUCACAGCAAGAGCGACCCGGUGUGGACCUUCGUGGCCGCGAGUCUGGAGCCUGACAGUCGCCUCGCCAUGCGAACACUGCUGGGCUUCACGCAGGAUCAGCUGGAGCUUGACAAAUACAUCGGCCAGCCAGUGAAUGCGAAGCUAGGCGAUAUCGACGGGUUGGCCGAGGAUUUUUCAGUAUUAUCACAGGAUGGAUCUGAUGAGGAAGGAAGACUGAUGAAUGAUUCUUCGUUGGCUGGAUCAUUCAGUGUUGUGCAAAAUAAUUCACACGAGUUCAACUCAUUAAGAUCUGAGAAAAGUUCCAUCGAUAACAACAAAUCUCCAUUUAAAAUCAAAAUAGGUGAAGACAAGGAAGGAGUGAUCUGCAGAGCAUUAUUGGCUGGCAAUUUGGAGCUAGCGGUGGACCUAUGUGUGCAGGAGAGCCGCAUGACAGACGCCAUAAUCCUAGCCCAGAUUGCAGGUCCUGACGUGCUGGCACGGACACAGUACAAGUACUUCCAGCAAAACCAGAGCUACCUGAGCCACCUGCUGUCUGCCGUCGUGACAAAGGACUGGAAUCAGGUCGUAUCCUGUUGUGACCUGAGCAGCUGGGCCGAGGCGUUGGCAGCUAUCCUGACCUACGCCAGUGACCACCAACUGCCAUCACUUUGUGAGAGGCUGGGAGACCGGUUGGAGAGGGAGGGAGGGAUGGACAGUCGCAGGAACUCUGAGAUCUGCUUCGUAGCCGCAGGUCAGCUGGGACACCUAAUACAGAAUAGGAUAGCUUCAGACCUCUCUACAGAAGCCUUACAGGAAUUGGUAGAACUGGUAUUGGUAGCCAAGAGGGGAGAUGUCCAAGACAAUGGAACAGCCUACUUGCUAGACCGCUACGCCAAGCUGUUAGCUUCCCAGGGUGACUUCAACACUGCCCUCGCUUACCUGACUUCUUCACAACAGGAAGAUAUCGAGGAACUGCGAGAAAGGUUGUACGUGGCGAGUGGACAGAAGCCAUAUCCUGCUUCUCAUGUACAGCAGAAUGUCCAGUAUAAGAACACCAUGCAGACGGGGCACUAUGGGAAGGCAGUGAAGCAGCAGCAACAACCCCCCUCCUACCAUCAGCCCCCUCUGUCCUCAUCCGCGUUCCCGAACUCUGCGCCGGCUCCUACGUACUCCAUGCCUGCAGCUACCCCUUCCCGCAAACCUUCUAUCAGCAAUCCUCUUGUCUCCUCUUUCCAAUCGUCCGCUCCUGCGAACUUUGCUUCUCCCAUGUCGAACUUUCCACCACCCAACACCCCUCCCUCCUUUCCUACAUCACAGCCGCUAUUUCCCCCACAACCACAACCCUCCUUUCCCACUGGACCUCCAGCUAAUUUCACUCCAGUUUCGUCUGCCUUCGCUCCUCCCCUGCCGUCCCAAAAAUCCUAUCAGCCUUCAAGUCUACCUCCUCCCCCUCCUGUGUCACGGACCCCUGUACACUUCAACUCCGAGACAGUUCCUCCUCCACCUUCAGUCACUCCAUCUGCCUUCUCACACAGGGGCAAUCCAAGUCCUUCUCUCGGAGGCAGUGCACGUAAAUAUGUGGUGGAUCCAUCCGUAGGCGGUGGAUCUUCUUUUAGGAGCCCAUCCAACACACAGUUCAACAGUAAUCCGUACGUGCCACAAUCUGCCCCACUCCCCUACAACGCGAUGCCUCCGCAGCCACAAUCGUUCGCCCAGCCUGCGUACAACAACCUGCCUCCGCAGCCACAGCAGCAGUCCUACAAUAGUCUUCCACCACAGCCGCAGCCACAAAUGUACAACAAUAUGGCACCUCAAUCACAAGUGUUCAACCCUCCAUCUUCUCUACCACCCAUCACAAGCCAACCAGAGCAUUUCCCCCCGCAACAGUUUGUGCCCAAGGCAACUGCUGCGCCAGGGUGGAACGACCCCCCAGCACUCUCAGGCUCUGCAAGAACCCAGAUUAAAGAUGUUCAACAGCCGCCUCCUCCACCGAUAACACAUCCUCUGUUUGCCGUUCCCUCUCAGGAGAUGCCUCUACAGGGAGUCCCUCCGAUCUCAGUUCAGCAAGGAGUUGGUGGGGAAGGGGAAUCUCACCCAGGGUACAACUUCCCCACCCAUCAAGUCAUGCCCCCGACUCAAGCAGCCCCUCCCCCUGCUCCCCCCGUAGCCAAGGCUGUGGAACCCCCCCGCCCCAAGCCACCAUUGCCCGAGGAGCAUAUGUACUUGCAGACUGUUUUUGAUGAACUCUGCAACAAAUGCAUAUGUGCUGCAAAUAAUCCACAAUUGAAGAGAAAACUUGAAGAUGUAGCAAGAAAGCUGGAAGUACUCUAUGACGGGCUGAGAGAAAACAAGUUUUCGGGCACGACUUUGACCAGCUUGCAUCAGUUGGUACAACUGGUACAGAGAGGCGACUACAUGAAUGCCUUGCAGCUACACACACAACUCAUCUCCGGGCACGACUUCUCACAGAUCUGUGCCUUCAUGCCAGGCCUCAAGGUGCUCAUCCAGUUAGCCCUUCAGUUGGGUGUCUAUUUACAAUAGUAUUAUGUCAUACUUUAUCAUCUGUAAAGAUAUAUAAUCAUUAUUUGUAAAUUAUAAAUAAAAAUAUUUUAUUGAUUA